AUGAACCAAGGGCCUUCACUCACGAGCGAACCUGACCCUCCGGAUGUCCCCAGCCUUCAUAUCCAAUCAGAACACCCUACUCCUAGUUUGAGGAGAGCUUCUCCAGAUCCCGCGCUGGACAACUUCGAAGAAGAAGAGCGCAAUGGGCUCGAGAUAGCAUCCGCGGCCCUUGGCCAACCGGAAAGAGUGGGAGAAGUCCCCUUUUAUGCUGGAGAGCGGACCGGACCCACGUCAGCAUUAGAUGUCUGCUCAUCCGAUCAGUCGUUGCCAAGGCAUUUCCUCAUCCCGCUUCAGAGGACGCAGCUAUCUGAUGAAGACCAGGAAUUUCUCCACAAAAAGGGCGUUUUUACCCUUCCUGGGGGAACUGCCUGUGACAGCCUGAUCGAGGCAUACCUUCUCCAUGUACAUCCCGUGCUGCCAGUGAUUGAAGCUGAUGUGCUUUUGCGUCAUCAUCAAGCGGGGCAGCUCGCGGUGUACAAUCUCUUGCUUCUGUGGAGCAUUUUCUUCGUCGCCGUCAAUAUCAAGAAGGGCGAUGAGAUAUGCGUUUUACUCCCGAGCCAAGGAAAGAAGCUUUCCUCUGCCCAUCGUGAUCUGCUAGAGUUUUCAACUAACUUCGAAUCCUCGUAUUUUCUCGAACAGUGCAUAUUCGAUAACGGCAACGAACGGAAUAAAAUCGUGCUCUUGCAAUCCUCACUUUUGCUGGGGUUCUGGCAUUCGGACAGAGACGAACAUGCACAACCAUGGUACUGGAUAGGUAUUGCAAUAAGCCUGUGCCAAAUCCUUGGCCUGCAUCGAGACCCUGAUAUCUCAAAGUACAAUCCCUCCAUCACCACUCGACAGCGAUCUUUUUGGCGUCGUCUUUGGUGGAGCUGCUUUUUCCGUGAUCGCUGGCUUGGUCUCACAUUGGGAAGGCCGCUGCGAAUCAACCUAGAGGACUGUGACAUUCCCAUGCCUUUGGUGACUGAUAUGCUUUUUGACAUUGAUAGUCCAAGAGAGCUCUCUCUUACUACCCACUUACCGAGCGACAUGCCAAGAUUGGCUGAUUAUUGGGUUAUGCUCAUUGAAUUAAGCCGCAAAUUGGGCAACAUUCUGGCUACGAAUUAUCGGACUGCUCGACCCAGGCCGUCACUUGAUGAAACCGAAGCGCUCGAGAAGCAGCUUCUACAGAGUAGACUUCCAGAUCAAUACGAAGGAGGUCUGACGAGUAUUGCGAGGUUUUACUCCAAUCAUGUCCAUUUGCAUUACCAAGCAAUGUUGAUUAUCUUCUAUCGGCCUUGGGGAACGGAAUUCCCGGAUGGUCUUCAUCCCGACGCAAGGCACGAUUGGCAACAUCGAAUGAGACUGAGGACUGAGGCUGCUGCCUCUCGAACUAACGAAAUCGUGGAUGCGCUCGUUCAAGACAACCUGCUUGGAUUUGCAGGGCCUAUGACACCACCGCUUCUGGUUCCAGCAAUGCAAACUCACCUGCUUCAAUGCAAAUCCUGCGAUCCUCUCACCAAACGCAUCAGGCUCAAUAAGCUUGAAAUGUACAUGCUGGUCAUGGAAGAACUCCAGAAAACAUAUACUGUCGCUUCGAUAUAUCGUGGGAUUUUCACGACGGCUAUUCAACAGAUUUUCCCUGGUUACUCAUCUCCCGUCGCGCCCUAUAGUUCUCCAGUCAAUGCUGCCACUGAUCCCGAGACCGAAAAUCAAGCUCAGGGUUCACUCACGGAAGCAGAAAAUCCUCGCGACAACGGUCAGUUCCAUGACACCUUAACUGGUGUCGCAGACGAGGGUGAUUUGAUGCAGGCAUUGAUGGAUGAGUCUUCAAUUUUCGGCUUUUGGGAGACGUGGAAUCAAAUUUGA